AUCAGGAGCUUUACUUAUUUCAGGUGCAGAGAGGAGAGUAUGAAACUAGAUGACCUUGGUUCCAAGAUCUUUAGAAAAGAAUAAGCAUCCGGGCAUCGGUUGUCUUUCCUCCUCAGAACAGACUUGGAGCUGCAGGAACAAGCAAUGGGCCCACAGUUCUAUAAAGACACCAGUUUUGUGUCGGCAGAAUCGUGGAGGGAGAUAACCAGGUGGGGCAUUGAGGCAUCUAGGUGUGGAGUCGAGGCGUCAAGGUGGGGGAUCCAGGAGUCAAGGUGGGGGAUCCAGGAGUCAAGGUGGGGUAGCGAGGCAAGCGGAAACAUCGAGUUGUCAAGACGGAGAACCGAGUCGUCAAGAUGUGGAAUCCAGGCUUCAAAGUGGGGUACUGCGUCGUCAAGGUGGGAUAGCGAGGCAAGCAAAAACAUCGACUUCUCAAGGUGGAUUAUUGAGUCAUCGAGGUGGGGUAAUGAUCACCCCACAUCCCCUACAUCUCAAGCUGAUGCAUCUCCAUCUCCACAUACAUCCCUCCCCACACAGGGUCGUCAGCAGCAUCUCACACCUUCACGCCUUGCUUCAUCAGCCCACGUGAUGAUCAAACAGGUUCCAUUGUGUGGUCUGUCUGUGAAGCCCUCUCGAACUUCAGAAUCUUCACAUGAAUACUUUGCUCACCACAAACCGAUAAGAGCUGUGAGUGAAAAGUUGGAAGAGUCCAAUAGUUCGAACAUCGGCCAUCCCAGGAUGAAUUGGAACAUGGAUUUGAAACUCAUCACAAAAGGAGGAACAGUGCCUUACCAAGCAACGGGGCAAGUGUUAUUUGAAUCUGAGAUUCAUAAUCAAGAAAAUUCAUAUUUUGCUGUUGCCCGAGAUAAACUGGAAUUUGUGCCUUGUGAAUCUGACCUAGAUCUCAUGCCAAGAGUUCCUGACAUAGUCACACGUACAACCAGAUCUAGCCUUGACCAAACAUCAGACAACGUUGGAUCUGCCAUUGACAUUACACCUGACGUAACUGCAUCUGCCAUAGACUUAAGAACAGUCACAACUAAAUCUUCUCUUACGUCAGACACAGAUGGAUCUACCAUUGACCUUACGUCAGGUACAGUUACAUCUGCCAUUGACCUUACGUCAGACACAGUUAGAUCUGCCAUUGACUUUACGUCAGGCACAGUUAGAUCUACCAUUGACCUUACGUCAGACACAGAUGGAUCUACCAUUGACCUUACGUCAGACACAGAUGGCUCUACCAUUGACCUUACGUCAGACACAGAUGGAUCUGCCAUUGACCUUACGUCAGACACAGAUGGAUCUACCAUUGACCUUACAUCAGACACAGAUGGAUCUACCAUUGACCUUACGUCAGACACAGGAGUAUCUACUACUGCCUUAUCACCAGACAUAGUUGAAUCUACUGACCUAACUCUGAGUUUGCGUGGGUCUCAUCUAUCAGUGUUUUCGUCCCAAUGCAAAAUUGCAGGAACAUUACCAAACCCCAAGAGAGAUUCCAACGGUGGGCCACGAUGUCGAAAAAGACCAGAAAUAAUUGCAACCCCUUUGUCCGGUUGUCCAACGUCUCGGGGAAUGACGACACCACGUAGAGAAGCACGAGCAAGGCCGUGCGGCCCGCCGUCUGAUGUGGAACUAUCGGAAACCAAACAUCCUCAGAUCAAAAUGGAAGGUGUCUGUCAACGUAAGAGAAAAGCUGUGGAACUGGAAAAUCCACAGAACAAAACUCCGGUCACGAAAAGGCCUUUACAGUGUGGCAGAGUAAGUUCUAGGGCAAGGAAGUACAUUAAUGGAGGAAAAGAACACACUACUGUAUGCUGUAAACAGUCUCUUGAACCACCCCCCGUACCGCGGAUAGAUCCAACCCGAGCAGCCAAAUCCAGGAGGGCUAUUGGUCAAGCCGUGAAUAGGGCUAGUCCGACAAUGUCAAGCGGGGAUAGGUCCGAUGCUGGGGGUGCUGCAGAUGCGUGUCCGAGUGUGGUCAAGAGGAGACUCUUUGUUAAGGAUCUCCCUUCUCCUGGGCACGAGGAUCACAAUCUGGUUCCAUCAAUUUAG